AUGAGCGAAAGAGGCUCUGGCAACCCACCAACACGCACUGGACCAGCGCAGUGGGUUAUGGUACAUACCCCCCAUAUGAUGGUGGACAAAGUAGCACGGCCCCUAGUGCCCGGGGGCUCCGGCUGCAAAACCGACGUUGACGGGCGUCAGUCCAGCAAGAUGGGGCUACCAGCUAUCUGUCCGAUAGCUGGCUGGAACCACUACGGCUACGCGACCCCGGACUGCUCUAGCUACUACUGGCACAUUCCACCUGCAUCCCGCGAGAGCCAGGCACCUGCCGCCAUACCGGCACCACACGUACUGACUUGUCAUUCCUGUGGGACUUGCCGGGGAGGAGGAGAGGGUGGCAUGGGUUCUGGGCAAGCCCGUGCUGCCAUAAAGUCGUCUGUCCCAGGCGUAGUAGCAUCCGCGGAGAGGUCACUUCGCCCACCUGCCUUACAGGUGGAAAACAACACAGUUGCAGUUGCCAACACAGUGCCAACAAGUGGCAGUUACCGGUUGUAUCUACAAACAUCUGCUCAAACAAAUACACAAAAACCCAAACCUAACAUCAACUCUACUUACAUGCGCUUCGCAUCAUGGAAUGUCCGAACUAUGAGGACAGGCUUUCCGAACACCUGUGGGAGCUUGGAUUGCGCCCAAGACCUGCGCAAAACUUAUAACAUCGACUCAAAAGGCUCAACGUCGAUAUCGCGGCCUUACAAGAGACCAGAAUCGAAGACGAAGGGUCUAUGCGGGAGACUAACUACACUUUUUUCUGGAGGGGCAAGAGUUCUUCAGAGAACCGUGAGCAUGGUG